GAAAAGGAGCCGUUUUGGGGUGUCUCCUCAAGGCUAGGCCCCGGCUAGCUCGAUUUAGCUCCGCCAUGCAAGCCGCCAAAAACGCAGACCUGCACGCAAACCUUUCCUUAAUUCCUCACCGCAGUCGUCGUCCAGCUCGAUUAACUUUCCUCUCGACUACAAUCCCCGUACCUCUUCUGAGAAAGCAAGUACAGUCCUCAACGUCGAGGCGCACCCAUGGCGGCGACCGUGCGCACAUGGCUGGUGGUGGCGGCGCUGGCGUGCGCGCUAACGCUGGCGCUGCGCUCGGCGGACGCGCAGGAGACCGAGGCGCAGGCGCAGCCGACGUCGUCGUCGUUGCCGGCCCAGAAGCCCAACUGCGCUCCGGGCGCCGCCACGCCGUGCCGCGUGGGCGCGCUGCGCGACCCGGAGAACCAGGAGGAGGAGGGGCUGUUCAAUGUGAAGGUGAAGGCGCCGGCGCCGACCGCCGCGGGUGACUCCGACGACAGCGACGACGACUACAGCGACCCCGACAAGCCCAAAGACCCCGACCAGUCCGACGACGAGCUUAUCGUUCUCGGCCACUGAUCUGAUCGACCGGCCGGUCCGGCAUGAUCGAUCACGUGCGCGUGGCGCCGGAUGGUUUUCGUUUUUUUUUGUUGGACUGGCCGGUGGCGGAUCGACCGGUGCUCGUUGGACUUGCAUUGUUGUUUAAUUCUUCAGCUAAUUUGUUGUUGUUGGUGGUGUUGUUAAGUAUAAGUAGGUAGUGCGUGGAUUGGCAAAUAUGUUCUGUAAGCUAAUAAUUGGAUUUGAUAAAGUGUGAUCCUUACAUGUCUUAAAUCUAUAAAAAGAUUGGGUAAAGUGUGAUCCUUA